UCGCAAGAACGGCGCAGCCCACUUUGACCUCGCCGCAUCGGCGUGCCGUGCGCAGCAAGAAGAUCAGCGGCCGACCGACCACCCAUCCGGAGGCAAAGGCGAGCGCACCGCGCACACACGCCUUUUCCCCAUUCCCUCGGCCCCGCACCUCCCAGAUCCCACCGUCCCCAUGGCCUUCUCGCGCCUUCUCCCCUCCCGCCGCCUCCUCUCCGCCCUCCUCCACACCCCGACCCCGAUCCCCGCCGCGCGCGCCACCGGCCCCGCCGCCGCGACCACCUCCCCGUUCGCCCACACCCUCCAGCCCGCGCGCUUCUUCUCCGCGACGAGGCGGGCCGGGCCGGGCGCCCCGCGGCAGCGCGCGGCGGACAUCGGCGCGCGGGCGCGGCAGCUGCAGAGCCGGCGCCUCUGGACCUACGCGCUCACCUUCGGCUGCGCGGCCGGGUUCGUGGUCACCGUGCUCGCCACGUUCCAGGACCAGCUCGUCUUCUACCUCACCCCCACCGACGCGCUCGCGCGCUUCGCCACCAACCCCUCCAAGACCCGCUGCCGCCUCGGCGGGCUCGUCCUCGAGGGCUCCGUCGCCCACCCCUCCUCCUCCAACUCCGAGAUCGAGUUCGUCGUCACCGACCUCGUCACCGACGUGCUCGUCCGCUACGAGGGCGCCCUGCCCGACCUCUUCCGCGAGGGCCACUCCGUCGUCGUCGAGGGGUUCCUCAAGCCGCUGACCGACGACCUCCGCCGCGACUGGGCGGGGAGAAAGGUCUCCGAUAAGGCGCUGGAGGGCCAGUGCUUCUUGCGCGGCACGGAGGUGCUCGCCAAGCACGACGAGAAGUACAUGCCCAAGGAGGUCGGCGAGGCCAUCGAGCGCAACAAGAAGCAGAUCGAGGCGGAUGCGGCCGCCGCCGCCGCCGAGGAGAACGCGGCGGUUGCGGUGGAUGGAGCCAAAGCAAACUCGUAAGAUUUGCUUUUUUUGCUUUACGAUUUAGAUCUCGGGUGCGUGGGAUUGAGGCAUAGAUAGAUUUGAUUGUCCGAAUGCGAUGAGUUGGGGAAUCUCUGCAGCACGAUUCAAUUGAAGCUGUUGUAAUUGGAGUGGUAAUUUUGAGCCCUGAAAAAGGGGAUUUUGACCGGGGAAAUAAUGAAAACUGAUUGUGUGAUAAUCCAUUCAACACGAUUAUACAUAUUCAUUGGGUAGCAA